AUGUGCGAAAACCAACCAUUAUCACAACUACAGUUGACGCCUGGAGUGUCAGUGAGCAGAAUCAUAUCACCACUAGACUUACUAUCAAAUUUGAAAACUUUAGCCUCUCAAUAUAAGCUCCCAAUCAACGAGAAAAAUCCAAAGUCAGAUCCGAACAUCAACUGCCACAGCAAUAGAAAUACUGAUUCUCUAUGUUUUACCAAUUUCUUCGAAGAACUUCGUAAAUUCGAAGGCGAUAUUCGAUAUAUAAUGAAAAUGAAAAAACGAAAUGCCACGUUGGUAGAACCAGAAAUAGCAAGUCUGCUCUUCGGGGAAAAUUAUUUGGCAUAUUUAGAAGCAGAAAAAUUUGAUCAAACAUCAGAAUUAAACGCUGAGUUAGAGAUAUUCAAAUUCUUUUUAUGA